AAACCGGUAUGAGUCAUUCAACAACUCAAUGAUAUAACAGUCCUUGACAUAUUAGGCCAGAAAUUAUCCACCGCGGAGUUGAUGAUCACCACGGUGAAGCUGAAAUCAAUUACGACCGAGUCGGCCGUGAGAGCAAAUAGAUGAACCGGCCGCGGUGUUGUAAGCCAGCGCGAACGAUCGAGGCAAUUGCAGGCGCGGUAAGCCGCACGGACGGGCGAAUCAACCACGUCAUAUUGAUGUAAAUUGGGCCAUGAAAAUGGCAGUUUGCACAUAUCAUCGAGCAUCAUGGCAUGGUCAAAUGCUAGCGCAUCAUAAUGGUGGUGCGAGCUAUACAUCCAUGACACGACCAUCGCUCUUGCAAUGAAUAAUUAUCCUGCAUAAACAAUAUUGCAGAUCAAGACAAAGAAAAACUGUUCUCCGACAAGAAACAACAUGCGGUAAUAAAACAAACAUGGAUGAAUAUCACAUGAUAUAUCUUAACGCCUGAUGACUUUCGCGUGCUUCCAUAAACAGUGAGCCCUUGUCCUGUUUUACUCAGACAAAAGACGACCCGUGCGUACUUCCGCCGGAAUGUCUCUUAGAUGCAACACAACAAGCUUGUAUCUAGCAGCUCGAGUCCAAAGAGCAGGUUGAUUCAGAUCGGGCAAGAACUCCAUAACACAAGUGCUCAGGCCUGUUUGGCGACGGUAGAAGCGGGCGGCUCGAGGUGGAGACGAGGCCGGUGAAGCACAGGCGGCUCGAGGUAAGGGCGAGUCCAGUGAUACGUAGGCGGCUUGCAGCCGGCGGCUCUCACCACGGCGUGGGGUGGCUCAGGGCCUCGUCGGCGGAUAAACGGAGCAGCUCCAAGGCGGGGCGGCUCACCCACGGCGUAUCAUCUGUGGACAAGGCCCUCGUCGAGCUCGGAAGAACCCGGACGGGGCGAAUUGCUAGAGGAGUUGGCGGGCCGACAACAGCAGCUCAUCGGCGGAGACCAGCAAGCCCGAGGGCGAGGUCGACUUGGUGGCAUGACGCAGCUCGGUGACUUGGAGGCAAGCCCCUGGUCAUAGUGGCGGCAGCUCCAGCAGGGGCGGCUCAGGCAGAGUCGGUUUGAUGCCGGCUUGAGGCGCGGCGGCGCAGGUGAGGCGCGGGCUGCGAGGGCGGCUCAAAGCGAGGCCAAGCAGUGGUUGCGGCGCGAGGCGAGCCAUGGCGCAGAGGCGGGGCGAUUCGAGCGAGGAAGAAGUCAGCCCGGCGGCCUAUGGCACGACCAGCAAGGGUAACUCUCUGCAGAGGCUCAACGGGACGGCAACUCACAGGGUGAGGCAGCACGAGGCCGAGAUGACGGUGGGCGACGCGAGUCCUGGUUCGAGGCCGCUGCAGCUCAGAGUAGAGGCGGAUACCGGCCACCAAGAUGGCGGCGGGGCACCGGCAAAGGGAGGCCGGCCAUACGGCGGCCGCAGGGGCGGUCCGGUCCGCUCGAGUCAAGGCGGCGGCCCUUGGCACAGCCGUGGCCGCAGCGUCUUGAGGCGGCUGCGGCGGCUCAACGGGGUCCAUCUCAUGGCGGCUUGGAACAAGCCAAACAGAGGAGCAGCCCAUAGGCAGCCCACGGUAGGGGCGGCUCACAGCAGCAAGAUGAGGCCACAGCCACGACGGGUCAAAAGGCCGGUGAAGCAGCGGAGGCAAGUCCGCGGCGAGGAGGUGGUGAUGGCACAACGGGCGGCUCAGCGGAAGAACAACGCGAGGCCAUGGCGGCUUGGAAGUGGACAGCGCAGGCGGCCGGCUCGGAAGCGAAGUUGGGUGAUCCGAUUGAACUUGUGAAACCGCAGCGGAGGACUCCGAGUCCGUGCUCACCACCAAUGCAAGGUCGAAAAACGGCUCGGAAACGUCAUUCGCUCAUCACCGAAUCGUCCUCCGAGUCAUCGUUGGUUUGACUUUUCCUUCUCGUCCUGAUGGAUCAAUGGAUGGAUCACUUUUUCUUUUCCUUGAUAGGCACGAGCUAGACCCAUGUAGUAUCUUUUCCUUACAUAUUUCUUUGAAUAAAUCUCUUGGUAGAUUCCUUGUA